AUGCAGGGCAACGACGGCGGCGAGCUCCUAAACUACGUGAACUCGCAUGUGAUCUUCCAGGCCGGUGUCGAUUUCGAGAGCCGGCCGAUGUUGGUGUUCUGCGCGUGCAACCUGCCGAACCCGCAGGUCGUCGACUACGACCGGCUGCUGAAUCUGAUCAUCUUCCGUCUCGACGAGUUUGUCGAGAACGACUACACAGUAGUGCUGUUCACCAGCGGGGCCAAGUUCAACCCCGGGUGGAACUGGCUGUCAAAGGCGUACAAACGGCUGGACAGAAAGUACCGCAAGAACGUCAAGAGCGUCUAUGUCGUGCAUCCGUCGCUGUGGUCGAAGCUGCUUUUCCAGAUCGUAGGCCGCAUUGUCAGCCCCAAAUUCUUUGCCAAGGUGACAUGGGUCGAUACGCUGUCACGUCUGGCGACGUUUGUGCCGCUCAGCCAGAUCAAUAUUCCGCAACCAGUUUACGACUACAACAUGACCGUCGAGCAGGCAAUCAAAAUGCCAACGCCCGAGCAUGAAAUCCUGGCAACCCAGGCGUUUGGAGUGCCGCUUGACGUGCUAAUGCAGGACGGCACUGGAAUUCUGCCGCGUCCUGUGCGGGAAUGCAUCUCGUUCAUCCGCUAUAACGGCUUAGCUACCGAGGGUCUGUUCCGCCGCUCGCCGCCAUCUACUGCUCUGCGGGCAGCCAAGGACAUGUAUAACCGCGGCUACAACGUCGACCUGUCCCUGUCGGGGGUACACGUAGCUGCGGUACUGCUGAAGCUGUUUUUCCGUGAACUGCCCAGCCCCGUGUUUGGCAGCGCCUCGUACGAGACCAUCCUGGCACUGCCGUCGGACAGCGAGGUGAAUGAAGUGGCGAAGCAGAUGGACACGGUACGCGCGCGGUACGUCGAGGAAGUGCUCCUCCCUUCGCUGACGUUCGAGUACCGGCAGCUGCUCUGCUUCACGUGUGCGCUGCUUGCCGUGAUUGCACGCAACAAGGAAAUCAACCGCAUGUCUGCCUACAACCUGGCCGUCGUGUGGUCGCCGAACCUCGCCCGGUCA